AUGCCGGUAGCCGGUUUGACGGACGAACAACAGGAAUUCCGUAGCUCUAUAGAAACGUUUGCGCAACGUAGCUUGCUGCCACGAGCGGACGAGAUUGACAAGACGAACCAGUUUCCAAUGGACAUGUGGAAGCAAUUUGGCGAAAUGGGGCUGCUGGGAAUCACGUGUUCGAGCGAGUAUGGUGGUCUAGAAAUGGGUUACUUUAUGCACGUCAUCGCUAUGGAGGGCAAGUGUACCGGGUAG